UUAAUCUGGCUUGUAGAGAAGGCAACGAUGGACCUGGAUUCGCUCCUCGCAUUUCGCUAAUGGACACCAAACGACCUCCAGAUUCACUGCGGACUAAGCAACAUGAACGUGCAUUAACGUUGUAGUAGUAUGGAUCUGCAAGCGUCUUGCUCCCUCCUUUCCACGUCCUACGCAACACGGUUUAAUCAAGCUCGAUCGGUCCUCCACUCUAAAUCAUCAGCGCUAGGCUAACUCUCUACCUAGGUUAGCACUUGCCACUUUCGAUUAGCAAACACAUGCACGUUGCAACCCGCGCGCGCGAAGAAUUAAAACAAAACUUAGCAUCGCGAGCAGUAGCUAGAUACAGUUUGGGAAGGGGAGGAUCAAAUGGAGGGCGAACUGCUGGGGAAGAAGCAACUCAGCCCCCCCAACAGGAGGCGCUGGUGCAGGUGCAGCACGACCACGGUGACGCUGCUGCUCUUCCUGGUCACCAACACCACCUCCAUCCUCCUCUCCUCCGGCGCCGGCGCCUCGGUCGUCCGCCGCUACGAGCCCGCCACCGUCCGCCUCUGGGACGACUCCGCCGCCCUCCUCGCCGACCUCAAUGCCACGCGCUCCGCGCUCGAAUCCAGCCGCGUCGAGCUCGCCGGCCUCCACGCGCGCCUCGGCACCGCCACCGCGCUCCUCCAGACCCUCCUCGCCGAAGCGCGCGGCGGCGAUGAUCAGCAGAAGGAGGAGGCGCCCGUGGCCGGCACCGGAUGGUGGAAGCGCGAGCUCGCCGGCGAGCUCAAGCUGGCCGUCGGGAACGCCACCGCCGGCGAGGCGGCUCUGGGCCACGCGUGCGGCCGCUUCCAGGACGAGCUCGAGCGGUACAUGGACUACAAGCCCGGCGGCGAGUGCCCGUCCGAUGCGGCGCUCGAGCACCUGCUGAUGCGCGGGGGCUGCGAGCCGCUACCGCGGCGGCGUUGCCGGCCGCGGUCACCCGCGGGGUACGUGGAGCCGGCGCCGCUGCCGAAGAGCCUGUGGUCAAUGCCGCCAGACGCCAGCGUCGUCUGGGACGCGUACCACCCGUGCAGGAACUACUCGUGCAUGGCGAGCCGCGGCUUGGGCUUCGACCUCCGCGGACGCCGCGAGAAGGGCAUGUGGACGCGCGACGACGGCGCGCUCGCCUACUCCGUCGACACGGCGCUCGCGGCCAAGCCCAAGGGCACGGUGCGCAUCGGGCUCGACAUCGGCGGCGGGGGCGGCACGUUCGCGGCCCGGAUGCGCGAGCGCGGGGUGACCGUGGCGACCGCGACCACCAACGCCGGGGCGCCGUUCGGCAGCUUCGUCGCCUCGCGGGGGCUCGUACCACUGCACGUAGGCCCGGCGCGCCGCCUGCCCUUCUUCGAGGGCACGCUCGAUGUCGUGCAUGCGGGGCGCGAGCUGACGGGCGGCUGGAUGGUGCCCGGCGACGGCGUGGCGCUGGAGUUCGCGCUGUUUGACGUCUACAGGGUUCUCAGGCCCGGGGGGCUGUUCUGGCUGGACCACUUCGUCUUCCCCGGCACGCAGCUGAACUCAACGUACGCUCCAAUGCUUCACCGCGUGGGGUUCAAGAGGCUGCGGUGGAACGCCGGCCAGAAGCCGGACGGCGGAGUGGAGAAGAACGAGUGGUACCUCUCGGCGCUGCUCCAGAAGCCCAUGACAUGACUCGGAGACUGACUUAGGCAAGAACCUGAACCAAACAAACUGUAAUCUGGAGGCUGAACUGUUUUUCGCAACCAAAGUACUGCUGGGCGGUCUGAGAACAUUUUAACUUCUAUAUCUAUCGGGAAACAGAACAAUUUCAUCA